AUGGGUCAAGCUUUUAGUUUUACAAAUAUUUUUGGUAAAUUAUGGGGAGUAAAUAAAGAAAUAAGGAUAUUAAUAUUAGGAUUAGAUGGAGCUGGUAAGACAACUAUAUUAUAUCGAUUACAAAUGGGAGAAGUUGUAACAACAAAACCAACAAUUGGUUUCAAUGUAGAAACGUUAAAAUAUAAAAAUAUUACUUUAAAUAUAUGGGAUUUAGGUGGUCAAACUUCCAUAAGACCGUAUUGGAGAUGUUAUUAUAAUAAUACUUCAGCAGUUAUAUUUGUUGUUGAUUCAACAGAUAAAGAUAGAAUAGAUGUUGCAUGUAAAGAAUUACAUACAAUGUUAAAAGAAGAAGAAUUACAAGAUUCUGCGUUAUUAGUAUUUGCAAAUAAACAAGAUCAACCAGGAGCAAUGACUGCUGCUAAAGUAAGUCAAGCUUUAAGUCUAACUGAUUUAAAAGAUAGAAGUUGGAGUAUAGUUGCAAGUAGUGCUAUAAAAGGUGAAGGAUUAACUGAAGGUUUAGAUUGGUUAAUGGAUGUAAUUAAAGAUGAACAAUUAUAA